AUGUCUGACGACUCAAAAAUCAGCUCUGUAACGCCAGUUACAUCUAAAAAUGUGGAACAGUCUAAAGUAUACCAAGUGGCUUCACCAUGUCGCUCGAUUAGAUCAAGAACAGGUGCAGGUGAGGUGCACUACAUUGAUGCUGCCAAAUCGGUGACCGAUAAUCAACUCUUGGCUGAAAUUGGCUAUAAGCCGGAACUUAGGCGCCAGUUUUCCACUAUCCAGGUUUUCGGUGUUGCGUUUUCAAUUAUGGGAUUGCUGCCAUCCAUAGCGUCUGUUAUGGGUGGCGGCCUUACCGGUGGACCUGCUACUCUUGUAUGGGGAUGGUUCAUUGCUGGUUUUUUCAUUUUAUUAGUUGGAUUAACGAUGGCAGAAAAUGCGAGUGCGAUUCCGACCGCUGGUGGUUUGUAUUAUUGGACAUAUCACUAUGCCCCAGAGGACUACAAAUCGGUUAUAUCAUUUGUUAUAGGUUGCUCAAACUCUUUGGCAUUGGCGGGUGGUGUUUGUUCUGUUACAUACGGUUUUGCGGUUGAAGUUUUGGCUGCCGUCGUUAUUAGUAGAGAUGGUGAUUAUGAAAUAACUAAUGGUAAGACUUAUGGUAUUUUUGCUGCAGCUGUUGUAUCGAUGGCUCUCAUGACAUGCAUGGCGUCUGGGGCUAUUGCUCGUUUGCAAACGUUCAGCAUUAUUUGUAACCUUUUCAUCAUCGUUUUGCUAUUCAUUGCGUUACCUAUAGGAUCAAAAGUCAACAGAGGUGGCUUCAAUGAUGGCAAGUUCAUUUUUGGUACAUAUGAAAAUUUUAGUGAUUGGAAUAAUGGUUGGCAAUUCUGUUUGGCGGGAUUUAUGCCUGCCGUUUGGACGAUUGGUGCAUUUGAUUCAUGUGUUCAUCAAUCCGAGGAGGCCAAAGAUGCUAAGAAAUCUGUUCCCCUUGGCAUCAUUGGCUCUAUCACCGUGUGCUGGAUCCUUGGUUUUCUAAUCGUUAUUGUUUUAAUGGCUUGUAUGAAUUCAGAUGUCGAAACAGUAUUAGAUAACCAAUAUGGAAGUGUUCUGGCUCAAAUAAUUUAUGACGCUUUAGGGAAAAAAUGGGCUAUAACCUUCAUGUCGUUAAUCGCUUUUUGUCAAUAUCUGAUGGGCACUUCUCUUGUGGUAGCUAUAUCAAGACAAGUUUGGGCUUUCUCUAGAGAUGAUGGGCUGCCUUUUUCCAAAUACAUCAAGAUUGUGAACAAAAAAUACUCUGUUCCAUUUGUUGCUGUUUUUGCUUCUUGUGCCGGUUCUCUAUUACUAGGAUUAUUGUGUCUUGACAGUUUGGCAGCAGCUGCACUAUUUACCAUUGCUGUGGCAGGAAAUUAUCUCGCUUGGUCUACACCCACAUUUCUAAGAUUAACGUAUGGGAGAGAUUUGUUUAGACCAGGUCCGUUUAAUCUCGGGAAAACUUGGUCACCCAUUAUUUCAUGGGUUAGCAUCGUCUACCAGGCUUUUAUUAUUAUAUUAGUAAUGUUCCCAGCAAACAGACAUGGUAUUACAUCUGUAAACAUGAAUUAUUCUUGCGUGAUUUGCGGAGGCGUUUGGAUUAUUUCCUGGGUCUACUAUAUGGCGUAUAAAAGAAAAUAUUAUCAUGGACCUAAAUCGAAUUUAACCGAUGACGAGUAUAUAGAGGCUGUAGGCGAAGACGUGAUAGAUGCCAUUCUAUCAAAGCCCGACAAAGCUGUUCAGAUAAUAUAUACCCCAUAA